CGCAUUUUCACGUCGGUUCGUCAGAACGCAUUGGUUGCAGACGACCCACCGUCCCAUGACAGCGGGAGGGAGGCGGGUCCAGUGAUUGCAGCAAGUGUUUUGGGGUGUCUGGGAAGCACAUAUCCAUUUGUGGAAAAGUCUGAGGACGCUUUUGGGAUCUUUGGAAAGGAGAAACCGCGCAACUCCCGACUUUUACGCACCGUGCGCAACGUGGAUGUAAGCACACAGGCUGAGACCCAACUGGAAGUCGCAUUUGUUGAAACUCCACCGACUGCAGACAACAUGAGUAAUGGAUCCAACCGAACUAUUCCUCCGGGCUGCACGGGCCAGCCUCCUUUGGCCAUGGACAUCAUUGUCAAAUUGGACAUCUUUGGCAUCAUCCUGUACUCCGUCCUCACUUUCAUGGCAGUGGUAUCCGUGCUGGUGUUCAUAGAGGAAUGUGUCUACAUCUAUAAGAAAGUGCCCGCCACAAAGAAGAGUAUAAUCAUCUGGGUGAAUGGUGCAGCACCGAUGAUUGGCUCCAUGUCGUGUCUGGGGAUGUGGAUCCCCAGAGCCACCAUGUUUACUGAUAUGUUCUCUGCCUGCUACUUUGCCAUCGUGGUGUUUAAGUUCCUGAUCCUGAUGGUGGAGGAGGUGGGUGGCGACCAGGCGUUCCUGAGGCGGGGACAGAAGCAUAAGCUGAGGAUCAGCACGGGGCCUUGUUGCUGCUGCUGCCCCUGCCUGCCCCACGUGGCCAUCACACGACGCUCUCUCUUCCUGCUCAAACUUGGCUCCUUCCAAUUUGCUCUCCUGAAGAUCCUCUUCACCAUCCUUUCCAUUGUCCUCUACACCAACGGGACCUUUGACCUGAGUGAUUUGAGCAUUACUGGAGCUGCAAUAUGGAUCAACCCAUUUGUGGGUAUCUUGACGAUCAUAGCUCUGUGGCCUGUAGCGAUCACAUUCAUGCACUUACGGACGACCCUGCGUUCACUCAAGAUCAUCCCCAAGUACGCCAUGUACCAGCUGGUGCUGAUCCUGAGCCAGCUGCAAACUGCUAUCAUCAACAUCUUGGCUUUGAAUGGGACCAUCGCUUGCACUCCUCCCUUUUCUGCUCCAGCCAGAGGAUACAUGAUGGGUCAGCAGCUGCUGAUCCUGGAGAUGUUCAUCAUCACAUUAGUAACGCGGCUGCUGUAUCGACGACAGUACGAUCCUUUACCCAGAGAAGAAGAAGACGAUGAAAGUGAAAACACCAAGAUGGUUGCAUUACCAGAGUCUGCAUGAGAAUUGAUUAUGUGAAUGUGUUUGCAUGUUUGCAUGUGUGUGUGUUUGUGUGUGUGUGUGUAUGUAGGUGUGUGUGUGUGUGUGUGUCAUUCUCUUUUUCCUGCAGGUAUUUGAUUAAGAGAUUUUAUAAAUUAAUAUGAAUAAAUUUGAAUAUGAAUUAUAUGUA